AAAAAAAAAAAAAAAAAAUCCAUAUAUUUGACUGUUAAUCUUUCUAAUAUCUUAAUGCUAACCUGCAACUGAACAUGUCUGGAAUAGGCUUAAUUGCUGUAGAGUAUCUUUCAAAUAGCGAUGCUUUACCAAAAAAAGGGGUGCUUUAUCAAAACCUAAAAUAUUUGAUCAAAUAUCUCAGCAGAAAAUCUCACUACCUUAUUUUUCCUUCAUCCCAGGAAACAUAGCACUUCAGGGCAUUUGUUCAUAUUAUUGGUUACUGUGCAAUUCUGAGGUAUUUGAGGUUAUGCCCAUCACAAGAGAUAGCAAAAUAGACAAUAUUUUUCUCUUGUAGGAAUACAAAUACAUGUUGACAUCGCUUCAUCUUUGAAUACCAAAUAUAGAAUAAAGAUAGCCAUUUAUGUGAUACAUCAUUCUCUCUCUCUUUAAGUAUUUUGAUGACAUUUUCUCAUAAGGGAAAGUGAGAUUCAAUGAAAUUUCUGCUAAGGAAAAAACAUAUUUCAAAAAGUUUUCUUUUUUUCAACAGAGGCUGAUAAGAAGUAGUAGGCAUAAAGAUACUGCUUGUAAUACACAAAUUGAAGCAUUCUUUGAAUACAGUUGUAUAUUUUAAAGCAGCUUACAGAGGUGUAUUUUUCCAUGUGUGUUAGUGGAAUCCAUCACACACGUGGGUUAAUGGGUUUAUGACCUAGGAUGCUUAACUAGAUUGCAUAGAUUGUAUUAAAGAGAUUAACAGUCAAAUUUAUUAUUGUUCUUUGAGACAAAAUUUGUUUAUUUAAUCUCUAUUUGAAGAGUAGCAAACAAAAGUAGGCCUAGGCAUGAUCAGAACUUUGUCUAACCUUCUUGGAAUUAGUUUGUUCUCAAAGGGACUAGAUAAAAAAUCUGUAAAUGGUUGACCCAACAUUUAAGGUUCACGUUUUACCAAAGCAGAAGUAUUAUCUUUAUAUAAGGGCCACUACAUUAUUCGUUUGUUUAUUCAAACAAGUUUGUUUGUUUUUUUUUUUUAAACUUACAAUGUACCAUGGACUAUUCUAAUUGUUGGGGAUUUAAUAGUGAGUUAUACAAAAUCUCUUGUUAACUCUCUAAGAAGCUUGCGGCUAUUUCCCCAUCUGUAUCAUUUUUUUCACAGGGAUAUGCCGUCCUGAACCUGUGUUGUCUGAAAGUUAUUUUCUAGGAGAAGAGGAGAAGCUGCGUUGGAUCAGAACUUGUAGACUGGCUUCUAGAACACUGCUCUUUUGUCCAAUGCAGAUCUAUGGCUGUAGGGGUCUGGCAGCUCCUACUGGAUAUGGGAAUUAUGUCGUCAGUGGACCAGCAUCUCUACUUUCAAGAUACCUAUGUUUUCUACCAGUUUUCAUCCGAUGAGUGUAGCUACCUGUACUGUGAAUUUGAAAGGGAAGAAGAAUGGCAAAAUGGUGUCAAACUUUUACUGCAACUUGUGCCUCUCAUCCCUGCUAGAUCUGGUAUCUGUGAACUGUCUCAUCAGAAAAUUGAAGAUGCCGAAGAAACCAGUGAUGAAAUUCUUGCUCGUCUAACAUCUGCGAUGCAGAGAGAACUAGCAGCUGUUAUUGCUUUGAAAGCAAGGAAGUCUGCAAUUGAACAAGAUGAAGAAAACAGUGACAAACACAUAGCUGUGCCAGAAGCUGAAGAUGGUCCAGAGUCUCAGGCAGGGGUGAUGUGCAAGCUUCAAGAAAGAGAUGAUAUCGGACGAAUCGAACUGGUCCAGAAGUUGGCAAGAGAAAACUGUCAGCUUUUGCAGACGGACAAAAAAGAGCAGGAGAAAUCUGAACACCAAGAUGAUGAAGUGACGACUGUUCAGGUUACAGAGCAAGACCAGAACGUCCUGGUGUUGAAGAAAGUGCCGGGCUGUGGCCCAACCCCCACAUCUGGGAGUGCAGAGAGUGAUUGGAGAUACGUGGUGGUGUCCGGGACGCCAGAGAAGAUUUUGGAGCAUCUUUUGAAUGACUUGCACCUGGAAGAAGUCCAGGACAAAGAAACAGAGACUCUCCUUGAUGACUUCCUCCUCACGUACACUGUCUUCAUGACAACUGAUGACUUGUGCCAGGCCCUGUUAAGGCACUAUUCUGCUAAGAAGUAUCAAGGCAAAGAAGAAAACUCAGAUGUUCCUUGUAGGAAACGUAAAGUCUUACAUCUCGUUUCCCAGUGGAUUGCUUUGUACAAAGACUGGUUACAUGAAGAUGAACAUUCAAAAAUGUUUUUAAAGACCAUAUACAGGAAUGUACUAGAUGAUGUAUAUGAAUAUCCAAUACUUGAAAAAGAAUUGAAAGAAUUUCAAAAGAUACUUGGAAUGCACCGUCGUCACACUGUAGAUGAAUAUUCACCACAAAGGAAGAAUAAAGCCCUUUUCCACCAAUUCAGUCUUAAGGAGAAUUGGCUCCAGCACAGAGGAACUGUGACUGAAACAGAGGAAAUUUUUUGCCAUGUGUAUAUAACUGAGCACUCCUACGUCAGUGUGAAGGCAAAAGUUUCCACGACAGCCCAGGAGGUCUUGAAAAUUGUGGCAGAAAAGAUCCAGCAUGCAGAAGAGGACCUGGCUCUGGUGGCCAUCACGUUCUCUGGGGAAAAGCAUGAACUUCAGCCAAAUGAGUUGGCCAUCUCCAAAUCUCUUGAGGCAUCUAGUCGGAUAUACGUCUACCGGAAGGACCUGGCUGACACCUUGAACCCAUUCGCAGAAAAUGAGGAAUCACAGCAAAGGUCCAUGAGGAUUUUGGGAAUGAACACUUGGGAUCUUGCCCUGGAAUUAAUGAAUUUUGAUUGGAGUCUAUUUAAUUCAAUUCACGAGCAAGAGCUAAUCUACUUCACGUUCAGCAGACAAGGAAGUGGGGAGCACACUGUGAACCUCAGCUUGCUACUGCAGAGAUGCAAUGAAGUCCAGCUCUGGGUGGCCACUGAGAUUCUGCUCUGCAGCCAGCUGGGCAAACGGGUACAGCUGGUGAAAAAAUUCAUCAAAAUCGCUGCUCACUGCAAAGCCCAGAAAAACCUGAAUUCUUUCUUUGCUAUUGUGAUGGGUCUCAACACCGCUUCCGUCAGCCGACUGUCGCAGACCUGGGAGAAAAUCCCUGGGAAGUUUAAGAAACUUUUCUCUGAACUUGAAAGCUUAACAGAUCCUUCCCUGAAUCACAAAGCCUACAGAGAUGCGUUCAAAAAGAUGAAGCCACCAAAAAUCCCUUUCAUGCCCUUAUUGCUUAAAGAUGUAACAUUUAUUCAUGAAGGAAAUAAAACAUUUUUGGAUAAUCUCGUCAAUUUUGAAAAGCUGCAUAUGAUCGCAGACACUGUCCGAACCCUGAGACACUGCAGGACUAACCAGUUUGGAGGUGAUGUGUCUCCAAAAGAGCAUCAAGAGCUGAAAUCUUACGUUAAUCACCUGUAUGUCAUUGACAGCCAGCAGGCCCUGUUUGAGCUCUCGCACAGGAUCGAGCCUCGGGUGUGAGCCCCACUGCCUCACCUCCCCUGUAACUGCAGCACUUUGAGCUACGGGAAUGCCUAUGCCAAGCACGUUGCUUUGCUGUGAGAAGAGAAGUUGCUGAGUUUUAUCAGCAUAUCACAAGACAGACACAGGAAGCCAACCCAGGCGUGUUCAGGAGGUGACGUCAGCCACCAGAGCUGGGGAGAGGCCUCUCCACACUACCCUAGGAGCAAGAAGGCAGAAAGAGAAUUAGCAGUAUUCUUGAGAUGGAGAAGCCUGGCUUCUUGUGAUAACAUUGUUGAUCCAAUCCAAUUUUCAGUUGGUAAGAUGUGCCCGUGCCAAGACAAGAGAACAUGUCUUGUCACACGUCACACAAUGACCAAACACUUCCGUAAGAACGUGCAUGGAGCAGGGAGGAGUUUUACUUUGCCUGGCAGUAGGUUACUGCGUCUAGGCUGUCAAAGAAGUAGUUCUCUGGAACAUCUCAAAACAGUGGUGGCAUCUCUAGAUUCCCAGGGAGAAGCAAGGUCUCCAUUGUUACAAACAGUGACAUCACCAAAAGCCACUGUGUCUAGGGAGUUAGUGUGGACCAGCAGCUAGCAUCCACGUACUGAUUUCCAGAUGAGAAAUGUCAAGGCAUGCAUUUCUGUGCAUCUACAAUCACUCAUCGAUGUAUGCUUGCAAGUGAAAUUAGUUUUCUGCACAACUGAUUUGCAACUAUAGGCAAGUCAGACUAAGUUGCUUUGCCAAUAAGGAAAAGUAGUGAUCAUUAAGAAAUUGUCUCAUUUAAUUUCUGGAAAUUUUCUUCACAUUUGUAAGCAGACUCCAAUCUCUUAUUGGGUACAAUAUAAUUUUGGAAAAAGCACAACAACUGACACAUAGUAAGCACUCAGUAAAUGUUUCUUGAGGUGACAGAGAGUCACAAAGGUCUGUGUUCCUAUGCCUGACAAUGUUUUGCAUACCUCAGGCAGGCCCCUGGCCCACUGUAUGUGAGUGAUAACAGCCAGGACAGGCAAGUUAAUAGAGACCUAAUGUGUGAAGCACUUAGCACUCCCUAGAAAAGAGCAAGACAAUAUGAUAGUGGUGAUUACCAGCCUUUCAUCAAAUGAAAAGAGCCCUGGACUAUUCAAAUGUCAGAUUUGUGUUGGAGACUCAGAAGUACUGUAGUCCACCUCCAACCAAAGCAGGAAACCUUUCUAUAAUUCAUCUUGUUUUUGUUCAAGGUCUCAAGGUCUUCUUUUUUUAUUCCCUUUUUAGUAGGUUGGGGCUCCAACAGUAAAUAAGAUCACUUGCUAUUCUCCAAAACUGGUUAGAGGAUCUUCCUCAGCCUUCGAAUGAUCAAAAAGGCUUGUGGGAUAAAAUAAUGAAAUAUACCCCUGCCAGCUUAUACUUGUCACUUUGCUGAAAUACAAGGGCCCUGCUUCAUGUACUAGGCGUGCUCAUUUCCCACACAUGUGCAUCUUGGUGAGCUGCUCACCGCUCGUGCCUCUUCAUCUCCUUGAUGCCCACGCGGGACCGUUUCCUUGUUGUCUCAUCACCACCUCAUUCAUCCUCAUGACGGAGGUGUGCCCAAUGCAUCCUGACACCUUUAUAGCAGUGCUAUUUCCUGGGCUCAGGAACCACACCAACCUUGAGAUAUCACCAGAGAACCCAUGGGGAGGCAAUUGUGGGUAGGACUUUAAGAGAUGCAGCCUGGCCAAAUAUAUAAAACUUCAGUCCUGAAAAUUUAUAGGGUUUUAUAGAAAAGGAAGGCUGGUUCACUCCAUGGUAACAGAAUGAGACCCACUGGAGGGGAACAGAGUCAUCAGAACCAGGGAGAACAAACUCCCCUCAAGGUGAUCUAACUCAAAAAGCUCUCUCCUCAGUGAUUACCCAGGGUAGCACAGGCUUACGGUGAAGGUAGGUGUUCUUUCUCUAUGCUAGAAAGUAGGAUUUGGCCAGUCUACUCAUAAAAGGCCAUGUUGACAUUGUCUCUAUGUUUUACAAUUUAAAUUAUUUUUCAAAUUAGACCUACAUUGCUCCAACCGGAACAUUACCUCUAGAGGACUCAUUUUCAGUGGAGAGGGACUUCAGCACAGUGCCUGCUUCAAAGGCCCCAUUCAGAUACAUACACUUGGCCAAGUGAAGUCACACACACAUUGCGUUUAGACACAUUUUAUAUGGUGUAUUCAGGGUAUCCUGUUUGCAUGGGUGUGAACAGGCUGGGGAGAAAGUGGUGCUUGUCCACCUCCUCUAGCCAUGGGCAGCAAAGGAAAGGGGAAUUAUCUUUAGUUUAGAUUUGCUUUUCUAUCCCUGUCUUCUGAAUAUCAGAAUCCUCAAACCUUUCUGAAAUAUAACUGCCUCCAGAGACUUCCCAGGCAGGGACACUCAGAAGCUUUGAGAAAACUUAAAUCAGCAUGAAGCUCCUUCUAACAAAUUGGAGCUGCGCUACAGUGAGCAUCCACCAUAGAACUCAGAGGGCUUCCUACUAAUGGAGAUGGGCCUGUCCCCUCUCCAGGUAUUUGCCAAGGCCUCUUUGGGACAGAUUCUUGCUCUGGCCAGAAGGGUGGGCUGAAGAUGUCUAAGCUUAUUGUUAGACAUAACAAAGUCUCCCUUCACUCUGAAAGUCUUAUGUAGUCUGCCCACUUCAGUGGAUGAGGCACAGGCACUUCUAAGUGGGUUCUUUUUGUCACAGCACAACCAGCACAACUCGGACAGAUCUGUGGGUCUCUGGGUUCAUCAGCAUUCCAGCCCAACAGCCCUGCUUAGACGUUAGCACAGGACAACAAAACACAGGUUCCUGUAGACAAAACAGCAACCUACCCAGAUUUUUUUUUACAUGCACGUUUGCAGAUGAUCCAAAGACUACAGUGUUUUAAAUUCACUGUUUGUUAUAAUCUGUAUAAUUGCCAAAUAGUUGUAGUGAUAAAUAUGACCUGCAUUCACUUUAUUCUGGUAUCGUUAAUUAUGUUUAGAAUAGCUCCCUUUUCUGAGCCCCUAUCCACAAUUAAGAAGGGUGGAGCAUACUUUGAAUUUGGAAGCAUGAGGGUAAAGUAAAAACCACACCCCCAGUUUAGUGGGGAGAAGAUGUUGCACUAAUAAGGACGCACCCCUGAGUAGGGGAGAGGGUUGUAUGAGAGAGCGCAGGUGACUUCUAAUCCCUGGAGCCGGGCUUUUCCUGCUGCCCCGAUCCUCAGCCCCACAGUUAUAGCCAUCAUGCAGACUACAGAUCUCAAACCAAGUGUUCCUAAAUGGCACAACCAAUCCAAGCUUCUCAAAAACCAGGCAAAAUGCUUAAAAUUGGGGCGAUCGGGUCCACUGUAGUUGUCCAACAUGGGGUUGCUUUGGAAUGCUUCAAAGACAUGUCCUUAAAAUUUCAGCCUGCUUAUUAGUGAGUGGGCCAGUUCUUAAAACUGGUAGGAGAGAAAAGAGUUUUUUUAAAAAUUGCCAAAAAGUUAGAUGAAAAUGUAUUACUGUAUAAAGCAAAGCUGUAUAUACUAAACAUUUUUUAGCAGAGUGAUAUUUAUUUGCAUAGCCUAUUUAUUGUAUUCGUAUUACACUGUUAUUAAAUACUGGAAUGAAAUCAAUGACCUGAAGCAAGGAACCUUGCCUUUUAAAUGUAUCAUUAAUUAGGACUGCUGUGACAUUGCCAGCUUGCAUUAACAAUUAGAAGAUAGAAAGCCCGCAAUCAGGGUGUCUACCUAACUUCUCAGGGACUACACUUUGUAGUUUUCCACCAUUAGAAGAGCUGGUAAAUAUGAAACACUUGUUGAAUUACCAGAAUUGCCAUUAACAGUGUUUUCCUUCUCAUAUUUCAUGCUUCCUGCCUCUGUAUAUAUGACUGUGCUGUGUAUUUAUCGAAGCUAGUAAGCAAUAAUUUAUAUGUAAAAAUGGCCAAGCAAUAUAAGGUUAAAACUUAUAUAAGUAACUGUUACUUUAUCUUGUAUUUUCAAGUGUUUUUUAAAACUGCUUUUCCAAAUAUAUGUUAAAGGUACUAUUAAUGUCUCAUACGACUUACUUUUUCCAUGAUGUGUGUGUGGGUUAAAUCGUCUUUAUUCUAAUGGAUUGGAACUUGGGAAUCAUUUGUUCACUGAAGGAGCUAAGAUAGGUGAAGAGGUUUAGAGGUAGCCCGCAGAAGGCUAAGUAACUUAUGAUGCCAGUGAAUCGUUGCACAUAAUAUACUGGAAAUCUUCUUAAGUGAUCUCAUAUUCUGGGAUUUGGGGAAUAUAACAACCACUGUUAUAGCCUAGCCUCACUCUAAUAGGACCAGGAACUCUCCCUUUCUAAUGAACCGAGACACUGAAGAAGCUCCAAGUUCCUGUUGGUGAUGCCGUUGCCUGGAAUAGAGGCCCCAGCAUAGGAAGAGCUACAGGCAGGAUGCAGGGGGCUGAGGGAUAAUAACAAUGCUCUGGGGAGGUGGGAAGACUAGCUGUAUAUACAUCUAAGGUGAAAGAUUCUGUGGUGG